AAAGAAGUACAGCUUAGUUUAGCAGUCGGUAUUGUCGAAGAAGGUCGAAGUGCAGCUUUUUUCGGAGGGCUUUUCAUUCGUCGGUGAUCUAUCAUAAAGUGCAUUAGAAAAACUUUUUAACAAAAAAGUGGCGGGAACGGUGAAUCACAACACACAAUGCUCAGAAAACUUACUAAAACUUAAGCUUUUUGGACCUAAAGUGUAAUUUACAGUUGAUUGAUAAAAUAGUGGCCAAUAAUCAGAAAUAUCAUCAAAUACUGAACGAGGAAUUCUCUGUAUUUGAUUUGGGGACACGAACAAUCAGCAUUGGUUGAUUUUUAAUUUUUAGUAUGAGGGGGGUAUGUUGGCGAUGUUUGAUAAUUGAAAGUUGAUGAUUUUGGACGCGAAGUGAUUCCACCUCUAUUAAGGAUUGGUUCUCGAAUUCUGUAAUGUAAAAAUCAGAAGAAGUGAUUCGAAAUUGAAUAUUUCACCAUAUAAAUUUGGAAUCAAGGAAACUAAAAGAUACGUUACUACAAAUUUGAGCGCUCCUAAUUAUUGGUAUUUUCAUGUCACUGCUGAGUAUAAUAAUCUGAAACGGGUUUCAAACCGUUGGUUCUAUAAUGAUUCUUUGCGGAGCUUUUCUAUCAACUUAAUAUUUAUAUUUGAGUGUCCGACUUGAGGAAGAAGAAAAACGAUUCCACCAAAGAUGAUCUCCCUCAAAUUGAAGAAUACAUGCCUGCUGUGCAUGGUAAUGGCUGUGAUAACCCAGAGUCAGUCAAUAUCAGACUCUCCUAUUCCAAAACAAUGGGUCAAUCCGAGUAAACCCAGUAUCGAAGUAGAUUCCUGGCAAUCCUCAAAAAGCUCAGAAAAUUCCCUGAGCACAGAAUCCGACCAAAUUCCAUCCUCCGAAUCUUCAAACGCUCAUCGAUUUACGGCCCUCUUAGCUGAUCUUUCUCGAGAAAAACCGAUUUCACGGCUACGGCUUGAAAAAUCAGCUCGCAGAAAAACAAGGACUCCCAAAACUAGUAAGUUGUCACUGCCAAUCAGAAGUCAAAGGCUCAAACUGAACGAGCUCGCUGAUCAAGAGAGUCAAGAAUUCUCAAAAAAUACGCGUGAAACCAAAAAUGGGCCUAUGAAAUACGAUCUUCCUUUGAAAAUCUCGCAGGGUUCUGAUUCAGAAGACGGGAAAGCUCAACGGUUGAAAAGCUCAAGUCUUGAGGCCAACGAGAUUCCAACCGUUGGAGAGCCUUUGACAAAUUUCUACCGAAGAUGGGAAGCGACUCCAAAGGCCGAUUCCGAGAGGACCACCGUCAGGAACUAUUUCCUCGAACAGUAUUCGGACAAGAAAACUGAAGGCAAGGUAAUUCCCACGGAGUUCAACCCGUCACUCUCAACGAAUGUGGAGAGCUCAGACUUCGGCCUUAAAACUGCGCUUCCAAAGCAGACUUAUCAAAGCCCUGAAAUGACCCUUAAUACAGGGACCUCACCCACAAGGAUCUUCGCAGAGAAAAUCGAUGAUUUGUGGUCUCAACCUCAACAUACAAAUCCCGUUGAGAUAUCAUUGGAAGCAAAGGGUCUAAGACCGCAAUCUCCUGAGAAUCACGAUCAAAACUUGGAGCAGCGGGCAUCGAAUAGCCGCGAUAUUAUGCCAGCAUUUGAACACUACGUUAUCAAUCCCUCAGAAAUGAAUCCCCAGCAAAAAAAUUCGGUCAAUACUCGAAAUUCAGAGAUACAUUUCCGUCAAAAUUCCUCAAACUUUCAAACAUUACCGUCCCAGAUGCCUCUUCAAAAUGUGCAAAAUUCAGGGACCGCUUUCCGAAACCUACUGGACUCUCAAGAGAGAAGUAUACCGAGUUACGACACUGUAGAUAGCGUGGAGCGAGCGUUCACUCCACGAGGUAUCGGGAUGAAAAGUCAGCCUUUCCCGUUAGACAGGCAGACCUUUUGCUCGUCGAUUAUGAGGUUGGAAGGUGCUGACCCUCAUGAGGACCCUACGCUGAAACUCCAGCGCUCCAGUCAGUUCAUCCCAUUCUGUCCAGAGGUACAUAACAUCACGGAGAUAUACUCGGAGUUGUGUGAGGACUGGGUGAGUGACGAUGAGUUUUUCGAGGAGUUGAAGAAAAAGAAGUGGACGGAGGAUAUUCUGAAGGUGCAGGGUCUUUCCAAGAUUCCCACUCUCCAAUCUCAGAACGUCAUUUCAACAAGCAGUUUUUCGCCUCCGUCAUCUGAAGCUGUAAAAUCGCUAUCCUUUCAGACGUGGCAACCAUCAUCUGAAUCUGUAAAGCCGCUAUCUAUUCAGACGUGGCAACCAUCAUCCGAAUCUGUGAGGCCGCUACCCAUUCAGACGUGGCAACCAUCAUCUGUGGUAUCACACCCGGUUGGAAAUGAAAUCGAUGUGAAACCGUUGUCCAACGGAUGGGGUCAGCUCCCAACCAGGAUCAGCGCCAAUGACGUAGCUGGUCUGAACAACUUUUUCAUCCCCCUAGAAGCGCGAACUUACCCCCCUGGAGCGUGCGUUCCCGCCAAUCAGAACCACUUCAACUACCCUCUCCAGGAGACCAAUACUCUCUCUUUUAAAAGCAUAUCGCAACCACCAAAAGGGUUCGAACAAUUCCAGGAGGCCAAGACUCACUCCUUUAAUAGUAUACCACAACCACCAAAAGGGUUCGAACAAUUCCAGGAGACCAAGACUCUCUCUUUUAAUAGUAUACCACCGCCACCAAAAGGAUUCGAACAAUUCCAGGAGACCAAGACUCUCUCUUUUAACAGUAUACCCCAACCACCAAAAGGGUUCGAACAAGUUCUCAGCAACUGCGACAACAUCAUCAACCGAGAAUUGAAAAUUUCCCCGGAGGUCGUUGUACCUCCGGAAAUUCUCGUGCCUGAAAUCAAAGUUUUUAAAUCGGAAAUUUUCCAAGAUGAGAAGCACAAGGAACACGAGAAGCACAAGGAACACGAGAAGCACAAGGAACACGAGACGCACAAGGAACACGAGAAGCACAAGGAACACGAGAAGAAAAAAGAGCCAAGCUCGGCGGAGGGCCCUGUGAUCGGGGUGGAGUUGUUCCCGGAGUUCAACCAGGUGACUAAGACGAAGAUCCUGAAGGCGCAGAAGAUCGAAAAGGAUGGGAACGUCAUAUUCCUGCCAGAGACCAGGAGCAAGGAACACAAGGACGAAAAGGAGGAGACACUGGAGAUGGAGGUUCACGUGACGACGUUCAAUUGCACGAAGAGGGACACUCCAGAAAACGAGCGGGUAGGAAAGAUCGACCUGAAGGAGCUACACAAGGGCGAGACGUGGCCGCAUCUCACUUACCUCAAGCUCAUACCGCUGUCUGAGUCCUUCGAGCAGGAACUCCAGGAGCGAGACAAGUCUGAGGAGGUGGCUGAGCUCCUCAAAGGAGACGCCACUGCAGACAUCAAACCCAUUAAUCAGACUGAAGCUGGAGAAUAGUACAAACUUGUAAAUAUAGUUAAAAAUUAAUUUAAAUUAAAUCGAUAAUAUAUAUUUGUAAAUAUACUAAUUUAUUCUGUCAAUA